AUGUUGACAUUUGAUAUUCAUUGGAACCCAUAUGACAACCACCGGGUGACACGACCAUUCGAGGAGAUCUCCUUCUACUCCGGCUGGAUUAGAUGUGGACCGAUGAUUGUGAGGUACCUGCCUGAGCGAGUCCUUCGUCAGUUCGGUCGUGUGCAGACCAUUCCUCGCCAUCCAUCUCAUUCUGCAAAUCCGCUCACUCCUCGGCUACAGAUUUCCCAACAGUACGCCCAAUAUAUGGACUGGGUAUUGACUCCAGAGGAGAGAGGCGAUCUUCCUUUACAUUCGUGGAACGUUGCACCUGGGUACAUGAGGUGGUAUUUCCGGAUCUCACAUCCCUACAUGAUUCCUCUGCCACCAGGAGAUCCACCUAGGCCAUUUGAGAUGGAGGCCCUUAUAGAGGAGGAUGCUCACUGA